ACCUGAACCCCCACCACAUGUUACGGGGCAUGACCAAUCACUCCAAUCACCCCAUCCUGCUUCCUGAGCCUCUCUUACGCAUAAUGCACUGCACGUUUCGGUUCUCGCUUCAGCGUAUGUCUUCACUGGGCAAGUAAAAUCUGCGUAACUGUCCAUUUUGCCUUGUUGGCAUUCACGGAUAUGUUGGACAUUGCCUUCAGGAAUGCAAUAGCCAUCUGAUCUUGUGCAUGUACCAACUUGUUGCCAUGGAGACCACAUGCCUGUAAACUCACCUGGUCCGUCACACUCUGCAGCAAUGUAGCAUUGUUUCGUUCCUUUAAAUUCAUUACCACAAACUGAAUAUUCUUUAGGUUCACAAUCGUCUUUGACGCAAUGGAGACACUGUCUGUAUCUUUCUUGAAUUCCAUUUUUCUCAUUACAAUUGCGGGCACAUGUUGGCGUCCAUGGCUGCCAUGCCGACCAUUUUCUGAACCCAUAACAAUGUUCCAAAACAAAGCAGACCAGAAUGACCACGAGCAUCUGAUCGCUAUUGACUUUCAUCCUUGUAGAUUCAGAGAUUAUUGUUCAGCUCGAUGUAUGGUGACCCCAUUGUCGUAUUGUUAUUAAUUUCAUUGUCCUGGCUCAAUUUUUCUUUCAAUUGUUUUCCGAGAUGAAAAAAUAAAUUCUUCAUCCCAGGUUGUUCUAAUUUGUUUCUUAUUUCAAAUCUUUGUUUAUGGAAUACAAUCGUUUGUUUCCAACAGCUGUCAUGGAAACAAUCACUGUCUGUUUGAUUUGUUGUUACGAUACAAUUGAAUCAACGUGUGCCACAGCUGACAACUAUGACGUUGUUUAAAUUUAAUGUGUUUACAAUAUGACGUAAUAAACUUAGGUAUAUGGUUGUUGUGAUUGAAAAAAGAAAACAAACAUUGGAUUUAAUAACAGAACACUUCAAAAUGAAUCUUAAUGUGAUACUACUCUAAAGGUGAUGGUGAAAACUAAACAUAUCGCUCAUGACUCAGCCAUGGUUGGAGUGCAGAAAAAGACCACCAUCGCUAUGAAACCCAAGAGCGAUCAUACAAAAUGCGAACUACCUAUCAUCAAAGACGCUAGGGAAAGAUAUAAAGUCAGAAAAUAUGAAAAACUUAAGAAAGAGAAACUAAAUCAGAAGGAACAUGUAAAACUGAAUUUACCGAUUCCCACCAUCAACCUGGAUGACCAAUAUUUCCAUUCAGCGAGUAAGCGAUGGUAUCCAAAGGAUGAACUUAAACUUCCCCAUGUACCAUCUGGUCUUGACUUGAGACGUACUAGUGACAUUUCAGUUCGAUCAGACAACAGUCAUGAUUCCGUUUUCUCUCUUGGUGGUUUUCACUCCUCCAAUGAAAAUAUAGAUGGCAGUACCACUCAAUCCAAAACGAGACGAAUCAGCUUGAAACCUGUGCAAAGACCCCAGUCAGUUGGUUCUGUAAGUGUACCUGUCGAGACAAAACCUGACAAGCCACCCGAUAAACACCUUCUCCAUGUUGAAGACAUAGAAGUUAUGAAACCACCAUCAAUGAGCGAUGAAGCGUUGACAUUGAAGGAUGCGUUGUUGAGAAAGACAAAAACGGGUGAUGGGAAAAUUAAAGGCAAGUUCAAAAAAUUGGCAAAGAUGGUGAAAACUAAUUUAAUUUGGGCAAAGGACUUGGACGAUAAACAUCAAGAAGAAGAGGUGGAUCAAACAUUUGUGGUAAAAACUGACAAGGAGGCAUUGUCGUUUGAUUUGAACAACUUUAGAGCCAGCAAUAAAUCCUAUGGCGGAAUAAGUGUGAGGGCAAAACGUAUCUUGGCCAAGAACGCUCUGGAAAGAUCAGAAGGAGACCUGCUACAUCUCAGAGAUGUCAUUGACCGACUGAAAUGCUUUGAGAAAUAUUCUAGGAAGAUCAAACAUGAACUAGCCAGGGUUAUCGAAUACGAAUCCUUCCAAGAAGGGCGUAUCAUCCUUCAACAAGGUCACGUUGGAAUUGGGUUUUAUUUCAUAUUGAAGGGCAGCGUCUCUGUGCUUGUAACUGAGGUUGAUAAGACUACAGGCCAAAAUGCAACAGUCCCUAUUGCUGUUCUUGAAGAGGGUCAGUCAUUCGGUGAGCUUGCUCUGAUGCAUGAUAUUAGACGCGCAGCUACCAUAAAAUGCCUUCAAGAUAGCGAGUUUCUUCGCGUAGACAAGCCAGACUUUGACAUGGUACUUAGGGUAGGGCAAAGCUACGAGUGGCAACGCCGUUUAACAGCUUUAAAGGCAAUCAAUAUAUUCAAGAAUUUACCGAUAGACGAUCUUAACAAUUGUAACAACAUAAGUCGCAUCGUUGAGUUUAACGAUCAAACCGUCAUAAUGGGCGACCAACAAGAAGUUUCUGAUUACGUGUAUUUUGUAACUGCUGGGAAAUGUAAGGUUGUCCGGGUUUUGACAUUGCUUCGACAAAAAACACAAUACGGAAGCCAACAAGUCGUUCUUCCAACCAGGAGAUACCUCGACCUUGUUAAGAAGAAAUAUGAUCGCAAAGAGUGGCGGGAAUUGCAUGGAGAAAUAGUCAACAAAACACCAGAGCGCCAUCUAAUGGUAAUUGCGGAGCUUAAACAGGGCAACUACUUUGGUGUUGGAGAAGACCUUACAGACACGUACAUCCUGGCAAAAGGGCGUGUCGACUGCUUAAUGGUUCCCCGACUUAUCUUCACCAAACUUGGCAAGAGUCGAUUGAUUGAAUCGCUGAGGACCUCGCUGACUGAAAUCCUACCAAAGAACAUCGAAAUAUUUGAUAAAUAUAUAAAUGGUCAAAGGUGGCGAUGCUAUAAAGAGGAUGUAGUGAACGAAGUGGUAAAAAGACGGAGCAUACCUAAUAAAACAAAGAUGACAGACGUGCCGAAGUCAAUAUUGAAGGACAAUUCAUAGUUUUGAUUUUAUCACUAUUUUCCAUUGAAUCCAUAUCAAUCGGCCAUUAUCAUGUUUUAGAAUAACUCAUUGCAUUGGAAAUUGACACCGGCUACACUGUUUGACAUACUACAUUCAAAUCUCUAAGUAUCAAUAAAUUGAGAAAAAUUUGCUGCCAAUAUUCGAAGGAUCUUGUUUUCAACACACGAAGUCUAAAAAUGAGUCACGUAUGAUUGAUAACGUUUUUCCUUUAUCUGAAAGUACCUCGCUCAAAAUUGUUCAACAGGCAAGUCCAAGCGAUCGAGGCAUAAACAAGCCCAAAAAAAUAUUUUGAAUUUUACAAAAAUUGGUGCAACGUCCUUCGAAAUUGAGCUAGAAGCUACAAAUAAAAAGCAUUUUUCGCAUCCUUCGCACCCCCCCCCCCCCCCCUGGCUAUGCCUAUGCUAGUGUGUUUACUCUUCUGCCUUAAUUGUUUAAAGGAUAUGGAAAACGUAAAAUGAAGUUUUAGGAAUUUUGUCAAUUUGUGGAAUUAAAUGCUUAAAAACAGAUUAGUUACAUGUGAAAGAAAACUCGUGAAAUUCAGGAUUCCUUUAUCAAUUGUUGUAACCAUGGAUAUACAGAUGUCAUAGUAAGAAAACAA